AUGGCACGCUUCUUGAAUCUUUUGCCUUAUGUUCUUUCAAGUAAAAGAUAUUCAAAACUCGUAAAAUUACUGGCACCAAUUUUAAAGAAAACCGACAUAAAUUUGCCAACAGUAGAAGAAUUUCAUGUUAUUGCCAAUGCUAGGCCACAUAACCACCACAAUUCUUUUAGUGCACUAUGGUGUUCGCAUAAUGAAUGCUUACCUAGUGAUACUAGAGUAGGAAUUGCGAGCUUUUUCAAAGUUUAUGUUAUUGCGAUUUUUAUGACGAUUAUAACGCAGAUACCUGCAGGUUUUAGGAAAGAAAAAAGAUUUAGCCAAAUAAUUAAUAGUAAACUUACUACAUCUUCUGCACGGUUUGCACUCUCAGUUUCUUCUUAUUUUGUAAUAUAUAAAGUUUUACUUCGUUUCUUUACACGCGUCUUUGACCCUUUGCUUGGUCCUCGAAACAACUUGAAUAUUAAUGAUGUAACAUGUUCACCCUUGGUUCCUCCAUUUUUUUGCUGUUUGCAAACUGUUUACUAUACACUGAGGCAAAAUGGUUUUAUUCCUAUAAUGCCAUGGUGGUGGGGAUCAUGGAUGAUUUUUCCAAUCAGUUCUGCUCAGCUCAUAUAUGCUUAUUUGGUUCAUCCAGAUACUUUUCCUAAUAACUACUCAAACUUUAUUACCAGUAGAAGUACUACAUAUGUACAACAACGUCCGAGUGACCUCCCUGAAUCUUUUCCUUGGCCAUCAGGCCGUGAAAUCGUUGAUCAAAUUGCGAUAAUAACAUCACUUAAUUAUCCUGAAUUCCGUUCACCUAAGCUCCACGGCAUAAAUGAUUCUGCAUUUCCGGAUAAAUUGAAAACUAUCCGGCCAAUUUUAGAAAUAGCUCACCCAGCACAUACCAAAUUGUUAUGUGCUGUAUUACAUCCAGAAGAUACUAGUUGCUUGGCAAAUUACUCAAAAUUCAUAGCUAAGGAGGGUAUUACAGCUCUAAAAUUUAUGACAUUAGUGCAUAUUGUACCCUUGCUCUUCAGGAGUAGAGAUCUCGUUAAAAGGUUUAACUUAAUGACUACUCAAAUUUUGAGUCGCGUUGUGCCAUCGAUAUUUAAAAGUGCAACUUUCAUUACUAUGGCAAUUGCUACUGCAUGGGCUUUAUUAUGCGGCUUUCAAAAUAUUCUUCCUAAAAAAUAUAUGCCUGUGACUAGAAUAUACGCGAACGGAUUUAUAGCCGGUCUAUGGAUCUUAGUUGAGAGCAAAAGUAGAAGGUUAGAUAUCGGAUUGUAUAGUUUAAGACUAUCAAUUGAAUCAUUCUGGAAACUUUUAGUUAAAACUCGUAAAGUAAGAAAUGUUAGAAAUGGCGAAGUUAUUUAUUUUUCGUUUGCAAUGGCUUGUAUUAUGGCCAUCUAUAAGACUCAACCAAAUAAUAUUACACCAUCCUAUAUGAGGCAGACAAUACAAAAUUUGCUUCAAGAACGUAGUUGA